AUGCAGGGGCCAGGGGCGGCUGCUGUUGGUGCGGCUGCUCCAGUGGCUGCUGCUGCUCGGGCUGCUGCUCCAAGGGCUGCUGCUGGGGCGGCUCCAAGGGCUGAUGCUAGGGCGGCUGCUCCGGUGGCUGCGGCUGGGGCGGCUGGUCCCGGGGCUGCUGCUGCUGGGGCAGCUGCUCCCGGGGCUGCUGCUGCUGGGGCGGCUCCAGGGGCUGCUGCUGGGGCGGCUGCUCCCAGGGCUGCCGCUGCUGCUGCUGCUCCAGGGGCUGCUGCUCCCGGGGCUGCUGCUGCUGCGGUGGCUCCUCCAGGGGCUGCGGCUGGGGCGGCUGCUUCUGCUCCAGGGGCUGCUGCUGCUAGGGCGGCCGCUUCAGAGGCAGCUGCUGCUGGAGCGGCUGCUCCAGUGGCUGCUGCUGGGGCGGCUGCUCCCGGAGCUGCUGCUGCUGGGGUGGCUGCUCCACGAGCUGCUGCUGCUGGGGUGGCCGCUUCACGAGCUGCUGCUGCUGGGGUAGCUCCAGGGGCUGCUGCUGGGGCGGCUGCUCCCAGGGCUGCCGCUGCUGCGGCUGCUCCAGGGGCUGCUGCUCCCGGGGCUGCUGCUGCUGCGGUGGCUCCUCCAGGGGCUGCGGCUGGGGCGGCCGUUUCAGGGGCUGCAGCUGCUGGGGCUGCUGCAGCGGAAAGCUAG